AGCUCCCCGCCGCCUCCAGCCCGGCCCCUCGCCGGCAGUCCCCGCCUCCCUCAGCCAAGAUGGCGGCGCCCAGCAGCUAGGGCCGCACGUGUGUUUUUUUCGCGGCGCCCCGCGGAGGAGGCCCCGGCUGCUACUCCCGGACUCGGAGCCCGCCCGCUCGGGGCCAUGAAGCCCAAAUCCUCCUCGCACAAGUCCGAGAACACGCACAGGUUUCUCACCUUCUCUGAACGCUUAGGCAAUGUUAAUAUCGAUAUUAUUCAUCGGAUUGACAGGACUGGGAGCUACGCUGAGGAGGUUGAAACCUAUUUUUAUGAAGGACUGCAGAAAUGGAGAGAACUGAACCUCACACAGCACUUUGUGAAAUUCUACAAAGAAGUGGCUGGCAAAUGCCAGUCAUUCAACCAGUUGGUGUAUUAUCAAGAUGCCAUAGUGCAGAGCUUGAAGACUCAUCUGCAAGUCAAAAACAGUCUUGCGUAUCAGCCCCUUUUGGAGUAAGUACACACUGUAAAA